AGUCUCCACAGCAUGAUAAAAGCCACUACGAUUGCGUGUCCCCAUCAUCGUCACCGGUAACGAUUUCUCCACCCUCUACGCUCCUCUCAUCCGUGAUGGACGUAUGGAGAAGUUCUACUGGGCCCCCACCCGUGAGGACCGUAUCGGUGUCUGCAAGGGUAUCUUCAGGACCGACAAGAUCAAGGAUGAAGACAUUGUCACGCUUGUUGACCAGUUCCCUGGCCAAUCCAUCGAUUUCUAUGGUGCAUUGAGGGUGAGAGUGUACGAUGAUGAGGUGAGGAAGUUCGUUGAGGGACUAGGAGUGGAGAAGAUAAGCAAGAGGCUGGUGAACUCGAGGGAAGGUCCUCCAGUGUUCGAGCAGCCGGAGAUGACUCUUGAGAAGCUUAUGGAGUAUGGUAACAUGCUUGUGAUGGAGCAAGAGAACGUCAAGAGACCAGUCUUUGCGGAUACCCGCGCGUCCCGCAGGAUACACCGAACCCAUCCCGCUUCUGGCCCGAUCCCGCACAAGCUCAUCCCGCGAAGCCCGCUAAAAAUUCGGGCCUGGAUCUUAGUAACCAAUCCCGCCCCGCAACAGGUCCAAACGGGCUAGGCCCGCGGACAGGUU